GGACCCCCUUUUCAAGGCUUCUAAAGAACAGAGUAAAAGCAAAACAAUUUCUGCUUGUGGGCCAACCAGUCUAAAAGACACAGCACAAAAGGAAAAGGAGUUGGAAGGGAAAAAGAAUACAGGUAACCUGGGCACUGGUUCUUGGCUGCAGAAUUCAGUCAGUUGUGGGGCUGGAUUGAUGGGAAGGCUGUUCCUCCCUUUAGGGGGUUAGAAGUGACAGAUGGAGAAAUGGGGGCUUCUGACUGGAACUCUUUGAAGCCUAUCAACCUCAAUAUUUUGUUUUCUUAAGGCACUAUCCCAUAUUUGUUUGGACCCUUUUUCUAAGGUGUGGCUGGAAGGGUGUGAUGCUGUGGGACUUUUGCUGAAGUAGGCAUAGGAUUUUGUCUUGAUAUUUAGCUCUAGCUGGCAUUGGUUGUAUCUCCCCACUUUGACUUCAUAUUCUCUAUUUCUUCCCACCACAACUGCCCAAGACUUCCCACUGGCAUUGUACAUUUAGGGUUGGAUCCAGUUUUCACCUGUAUCGACUGUGCUGACGGAGGUGGCCAUCUCUGCCUGCCCCUUUCAGCUGCUGAGAAAUGCUACACAUAGUCAAGAUACCCCAUAAAAGGGGGUGAUCUGCACUGUUGGCAGAAGUCCCCACAAACAGGCAGAAAUCUUCCAUGAGGUCUCAGGAAUGCUGAUUCUGGGCCCAACCCUUAUACCUCAAUAGGCGUAAGUAGUAGAAGCCACGUGCCUGCUGCCAGUGCUCCUAAAUGGACUGCUACAAAAACUGUUCGCAUUAGCAAGGUUAUUCUGUAAUUACUGACCUCUAAGGGUCCAACUAUACACUUAGUUGUAUUUUUUAUUAAAAAUCUGCACUGGGAGAAGCUCACUUCUGCAGCAUGUAUAAAUUAUGCAGGAUAAGGGGAAUGUGCUCAUUUGUGUAGCAGGAUAAACUAUGCAUUUACAAGUCAUGGGGGAGGGUGAUGGGUUCUUUGCUGGGCGUGAAAGCUCCGAUCUCCCUCUGGAGAUUUCCAAGGGCAUCACCAACAUACCUCAGAGCCCAUCUUUGCCCGAGCAAGAACUUCUUUUGGUCUUGCUGCAGUGAGAUAGUUUCCAAUGCAGCAACAGCUCCAUUUUCCUGGAAUUACAAGUGCAGUAUUUUAUUGUUUGCAUUUGUUGCAGAGCCGACUGUAGAAAAUGAACAUUUGCUGAAGCAAAUGCUAGAGAGACUCCUGCUCUCUUUCAUUAUGAGAUGGCAUACAGUCUGGGGGUGAAUUUAACCCUUGCACCUCCUGCAUCCAUUUCCCAACAACACCUUUUCCUUUCUCUGUGAUGUUUGCCAGCAUCUUAUAUCCAGAAGGCUGCUUUUAUAGUGGCCAAGAGUGCUGACUUGCCCCUCAGUUUAACACCAUCCUUCACAGAAUUUUAAGUACUUUGCAUUCUGUUUUCACCUAUUUUCACAGGUGUGGAAAGGGUACUUAGAUUUUACCUCUUGAUUGCUCCCCCUGCUCCCAAAUGGUGUGAUGGAUAUAAUGGAAAAAUGAUUGGUGCAAGAGGACAUAAGCCUUGAAGCGAUGACCUCCCCUUUCUGCUAGAUCCCAAACUUUUGAGGUUUUUCUUGGAUCUGUAUCCAUGAGGAUCUACUGCAGCCUUUAAGCUUCCUGGCCUACUGAGUACUGAUACCAGUAAAUAAGAUGGAUUGAACAAAAAAAGGAUACUAAGCUAGUGGAAAAACUUUCUUAAUUGUUCAAAUAGACAAGAGUCAAAUGGGCAGAAUGAGAUAAUUGAAAAUUAUUUCAGUAAAACAGUUUGGAUCCGUAUACUUCUAGAAUCAUUUGGGUUCUAGGCACAAUUCUCCAUUCUCUUUCUUGGGUUUUAUAGAAAUUAGGAAUUAGGCAAGUUUUAAACUAUUGUCUGUUUGACCAUUGUUGGCAGGCUAAAAUCAUCCUGGUGUAUAUAUAACAGUAAUUUCCAAACUGUGCAUCAGGACAUGAUCCAUCCCAAGUUAAGCACAUGAUAUUUAUAUCCGUAGGAUUUGAGUAGAAAUUACAUGCUUAAUUACUUCCCACUGAUUUUCAUUCAGACUCUUAAAUUCGACUUGAUCAUGUCAUUGGUCAGCUACAAGUUGUAUGCUGAAAGAUCCAGCCCAACCUGAGACAGAAUUUGUGCAUAGCUGAGUCACUUGCUUUACUUCUGCAUGUCUCUGUUGCUCUGCCUUUGCUUCUUCCUGUUUGAUCUGUGCUGUGAUGACAAAGUCCUGCCCAGUCUGUGGGUCUUCUCGAUGUGUGUGGGGGAGGAGGGAAACCUUCCUUGUGGGAGAAUGCUGCAUGUAGGAGUUUCUGAUUGUAGGAAGCAAAAACAGGACAGUGACAUGGUUCAGGAGCCUUUCCUACCCUGGCCCCCUCCAAGCCCAUUAGGCUGCAACUCAAGAUUCUCAACCAUGGACACUGGCCAUGCUGAAUGGAAGUGAUGGUACUUGGGGUCCCAGCAAAUCUGGAAAGCACUGGAUUGGGAAAGUUUUCAUAAAGGCUGGUAAAACUAGAUGGGGAGUGGAGAAAGGCAGUGUUCUAGUUAUGUCACACUCAAGAGCUUGAUGCCAUGUGAGGAAUGUGAUUAUCCAGAAUCUGCAGACAAAAGAGACCUAAUCUGCACAGUGCAUUCUUUCUGCAUUAACAUUUUAUUGGAAAUUGUGUAUUCCUUGAAUGCAACAUAUUCCAGCCCUUUCCUUCCACACAGGUAGAGGUACCCAGCGCAUAUUUAUAGUGCUUGCUUUGAGAGAGAAAGCAGCCUCAACUUGGUGCAGCUUCAGUUUCCACAAGGUCAUGUAAUGGCCACUCCUACUGAUGGUUUUCAGAAAGGGUUAAGCAAAUCCACAGAGGAAGAGGAGAGAUGUAUCAAUGGCCAUGAUGGCUUGAUAGAAUCACCAUGUUCAGGCGAAGUAUCCCAUGGGGGCAACACUUGCCCACCUGCUUGGGAGCUUUCCAGAAGUUUCUGCAGACUCCUGUGGGGAACAGGAUGCUGCUCCUCAGGCUUCACUGUGUUGUGCUGUGUGCGAAAUGCAGCCUGCACCAGUUCUAAUUCAAGAUGUGGGUGAGGUGUGUCAGGUUGCUGCUGCUUAGUAUUGCAGGGGUAAAAUGGCCCCUCUCCCUCUCUUUUCCUCUUGAGUGGGAGACACCCUCCUUUCGAAACAGUGUGCUCUUUCACCUCUUGAAGCGCCUGAGUCCUGGCCUGUCCGCUUCCAGAGCCAUGGCAACAGAGGAGAAGAAACCUGAUGCAGAAUCCACCAAAGCACAAUCAACACCUUCUUCUUCAACCAAUCAGAGCAAGCCCGCACCUGUAAAACCAAACUAUGCUCUGAAGUUCACCUUGGCAGGACAUACGAAAGCUGUCUCCUCGGUAAAAUUCAGUCCCAACGGGGAGUGGCUGGCCAGUUCUUCUGCUGAUAAGUUGAUUAAAAUUUGGGGGGCCUAUGAUGGCAAGUUUGAAAAAACAAUAUCUGGACACAAACUGGGGAUCUCUGAUGUUGCUUGGUCAUCUGAUUCAAACCUCCUUGUCUCUGCCUCAGAUGACAAAACCCUCAAAAUUUGGGAUGUGAGCUCGGGAAAAUGCUUAAAGACCCUGAAAGGGCACAGCAACUAUGUGUUCUGUUGCAACUUCAACCCUCAGUCAAACCUCAUCGUCUCAGGUUCGUUUGACGAAAGCGUGAGGAUAUGGGAUGUAAAAACCGGGAAGUGCCUGAAAACGCUGCCGGCUCAUUCUGACCCAGUUUCUGCUGUGCAUUUUAACCGUGAUGGGUCUCUGAUUGUAUCCAGCAGCUACGACGGCCUUUGUCGGAUCUGGGACACUGCGUCAGGCCAGUGUUUGAAGACACUGAUUGAUGAUGACAAUCCCCCUGUGUCCUUCGUAAAAUUUUCUCCAAAUGGAAAGUACAUCCUAGCUGCAACUUUGGAUAACACCCUUAAGCUUUGGGACUACAGCAAAGGAAAGUGCCUAAAGACAUACACAGGCCACAAGAACGAGAAGUACUGCAUCUUUGCCAAUUUCUCAGUCACCGGUGGAAAGUGGAUUGUGUCUGGUUCAGAGGACAACCUGGUUUACAUCUGGAACCUCCAAACAAAAGAGAUUGUCCAGAAGCUGCAAGGGCAUACAGAUGUUGUGAUCUCUACUGCCUGCCACCCAACGGAAAACAUCAUUGCUUCGGCAGCACUAGAAAAUGACAAAACAAUUAAACUUUGGAAGAGCGACUGUUAGAAUCCUUUUGACACCAACAUCACUUUAGAGACUGUUGGGGGGUGACUGAAAAAUGUGGGGUAUUUUGUGUUUGUUUUUUUAAAAAAAGAGAGAGAAAACUAUGUAAGAACAUUUCAGCCCCAGUAGCUGGAAGCCUGAAGGAUUUUUUUCAAGAGAGGAAAAAGAGAGUGUGUGUGUGAGAGGGAGAGGGAGAGAGAGAUAGUCAGUCUGUCUAGUUCUUUGCUGAGGUAGAAUGUCUUUUUACUCCCUCCAUAGUGGCCUGCCUGUUGGGGGUGGGGGAAGGCUCUGUUUUUUGUGCCUGACAAUUUGGGGUCGCCAUCCAGGCAUGUCUCCUUGUACCAGAAACCCCAGCAAUCCUGUCUGCACAGAAAGUGAGCUUUACCUCUCCCUGGAGGCAUCCCAUCUCUUAAAGCAGGCAAGUCAUCAACCGGAAGUAACUGGGAUAUCUUUACAAGCUUUGACUUGCAGAACGCAAAGCCCUAGUGUUGUGUUCAGCUCCCCUCCUUGACAACCCUAGUGGCUAGAAAUGAUGGGAAUUGCAUUCCAAAAGGUCCCGAAGGUGCAUCAGACUUCAGCUAGAAGAGUUAUGCGGCUAAAGAUGCCCCACUACUACAAAGAAAAAGGCCUGUUUUUUAAAGCGACCAAAUGAGUAUGUUUUGUAGUUCUCCGUUUUCUUUUAGUCCCCUUCCUCGCCUACUGUGUGGCAAAGCACUCUUUCCACCAUUGCUGUGUUCUGCUUCUCCUUUCAUUGUGCGCUCUAAUAGAUGCUUUGACAAUGAGUCAUUCUGGCUCCUCCCCUGCCCCCCUUAACUGUUAAAAACAAGAGUCUUUGCUUGUGGCUUUUUUUUCUUUUUAAAAAACAUGGCAAUUUUCCCAAUACUUGUACAGUUAUUUCAAUGAAAAAACCCCCGAAACAAAACUUAAAAAAAAAAAACAACUUGAAAACUUCAUUGUAUGAACUUGUAUUGCUAAUGGUAUGGCUUUCCCUUUUCCAGCAUUGAUGUUCCUUUCUCAGCCUUCUUUUUCUUGUUUUUGGUGCUCUCAAUAUCUUACACAUCCAAACCAGUUACCAUAUGGCAUAAUAAAAGGUGGGAUUUUAUGUGGAUCUUGGUAA